AGGGAGGAUGAGAUGGGUCGGACAAACCAGACGGCGGUGGCGGAGUAUGUCCUGCUGGGGCUACACGAGCACCACAACCUAGAGCUGGUCCUGUUUGUGCUCUGCCUGGGCAUCUACUCCAUCAAUGUGCUGGGGAACACCCUCCUCUUUGGGCUGAACCUGCUGGACCCCCGCCUGCACAGCCCCAUGUACUUCUUUCUCAGCAACCUCUCCCUCAUGGACCUCUGUGGCACAUCCUCCUUCGUGCCCCUCAUGCUGGUCAACUUCCUGAAAACCCAAAGCACCAUCUCCUUCCCUGGCUGCGCUUUGCAGAUGUACCUGACCCUGGCACUGGGCUCAACGGAGUGCCUGCUCCUGGCUGUGAUGGCGUGUGACCGUUAUGUGGCCAUCUGCCAGCCGCUUCGGUACUCAGCGCUCAUGAGCAGGCAGACGUGUGCGUGGAUGGCAGCGCUGAGCUGGGGGACUGGCUUUGCCAACUCUCUGCUGCAUUCCAUUGUCACCUGGAGCCUCCCCUUCUGUGGCCACAAUGUCAUCCACCACUUCUUCUGUGAGAUCUUGGCAGUGCUGAAACUAGCCUGUGAGGACAUCUCUCUCAAUGCACUGCUAACACUGACCACCGUUGUCCUGACCCUGGCCCCGCUGCUGCUCAUCUGCCUGUCCUAUGUUUUCAUCCUUGCUGCCAUCCUUCGGGUGCCCUCCGCUGCCGGCCGGCGCAAAGCCUUCUCCACCUGCUCUGCCCACCUCACGGUGGUGGUGGUUUUCUAUGGGACUAUCUGUUUCAUGUACUUCAAGUCCAAGUCCAAGGAUCCCACCAUGGAUAAGAUUCUCACACUGUUCUAUGGGCUCGUGACACCCUCACUGAACCCCAUCAUCUACAGCCUGAGGAAUGCAGAGAUGAAGGCUGCCACCAUAGCUCUGCUGAGGGGAGAUCUGCUCUCCAGGAAAAUGUCCCACUUUUCCUGCCGCUCUCUAACUCUGUCGGGCAGGACAGGCUAG